AUGUCUGGAGGAGGAGGUGGAGGAUGUUGCUGCCAACAACAACAACAAUGUUGCGCACCACCACCACCACCUCCAGUACAACAGUCCUGCUGCUGCUGCCCAUGCGGCGGAGGAGGAGGUGGCGGUUUCGGCGGUGGCGGUCUUGGUGGAGGCGGUCUUGGUGGAGGCUGCGGCGGAGGUGGUGGAGGAGGAGGUUACGCUGUGGCACCAUCUGGAGGUGGCGGAUACGCCGUUGCACCAUCAGGAGGUGGUGGAUACGCUGUUGCACCUGGCGGUGGUGGAUGUGGAGGAGGCGGAGGCGGAGGCGGAGGCUCAUAUGCUGCUGCACCACCGCCUCCACCAAUUCCAAGUUAUGCCGGACCAGUUGGCGGAGGCAGUUACGCUACUGGUGGUGGCGGAUACGCUGGCCCCGGCGGAGGAAGUUACGCGCAGUCCGGUGGUUCCAGUGGAGGAGGUUAUGCCGGUCCAAGCGGAGGAGGUUAUGCUAAAGGAGGCGGUGGUAGCUAUGCUGGAGGAGGUGGAUACUCCGGAGGUGGCAGCUAUGCAGGUGGCAAGAGCGGCGGCGGCAGCUAUGCCGGAGGCAGCAGUGGCGGAUACCAAGGAGGAGGCAGCUAUGCUGGAAAGGGCGGUGGCGGAUACUCUGGCGGAAGUGGUGGAAGCUACUCAGGCGGAAGUGGUGGAAGCUACUCGGGUGGAGGAGGAGGAUAUUCCGGCGGUGGUGGCGGAGGAGCACCUUUCACAGGAGGAGGUGGCGGAGGAGCACCUUUCUCAGGAGGAGGUGGCGGAGGAGCGCCUUACUCUGAAGGAGCUGGUAUUGCCGGAGGCGCACCCGCACCAGCCAUACCACCACCACCACCCCCUCCACCAGUACCAGCUGCAGCCCCACCUCCUCCGGCUCCGGCGCCAGCAUCAUCCGGUGGUUCCGAUUACCAAGAGGGAGAGGGUGGUGGCGGCGGACAAGAAGUAGCGGCAGGUGGUGGCGGAGAACAACAAUCUGGCGGUGGAGAACAACAAGCUAGCGGCGGUGGUGCCGAAGGCGGCGGAGGUGGAGCAAGCGCAGGAACGAAUUAUGAUCAAGGAGCUACCGGUGGUGGCGGCGCUCAAAGUGGUGGUGAAGAAGAAGGAGAAGGUGGUCAGGGAUUCCGAUUGAGGCGGUUUUCUAAGGACAAGACCGCUUUGGAGCAAGAAUGCAACUCAGUACGACUCAGGAAGAUUAUGCGACAGAGCAUGACUACCGAUCCAGAAAGCUCAAUGGUUCGUGUUUCUGAUGGUGUAAAAGCGCGUCUGAACAGCGGUGAAUGGUAUGUUGCUUGCGGAACGGACGGCAUUGAGCCAUUAGAGAACGAACAGCGAGAGCACUGCCUUGUCGAAGCUGAGACAUUUGUCUGCUAUGUCGUUAAAAAAGACUGA